AUGAACAAGACUUCUGCCUGUGGUGGUGUCAAAAAUGCCAGGAGUAGAAUUCAAACCCGUUUGCGACUUGCAAUUGAUGCAGGCGCGAGCAUCGUCAUCCCCUCUUUAACCCAGAGGAACGAAAACAACUUAGCCAACACCAUCAUCUCUACUGCUUGCGCCGAUAGAUUCUUCAACAUGGAACACCACCAAGAUUCACGAGUCAGAAGCCGUCCUCAGCUCAAACUUCGACUUUGUGACGAUAGAAGUGGCAUCGAACGUGUAAUUCCGACCCGUGAGCGAGGAUAUGCUCAAGCCUCGUAUACAAACGGCACUUUUCAAGCGUUUAUGGAGACGGUGAUGGAAAUAGCGGGAUUUAAUAUAACCAAAAUCAGCGCAGAGAACUCGGUUGUGACCAUCAAGUUCAACCGGGAUUUACUGGAUAUAGGCGAAAAAAUCUACCAAAGUCUCGUUCUCAGGGGUGCAAUUUUAUCGGAGUUCACUUUCGCGGAGAGCGACUGGCCAAAGGAAUGGAGCUCGGCAGCCGACCAGGUGCAGUUUUAUGGCGAGGAGAUUCUUCGAAUAAGGGGUUCCGUAUCUUACAAUCACAAAACUGUCGAUGUAAGCUGCGGCGACCAGGGAGCCACCAAACGUUUCCACAAAAAAUUGGGCACGCUCGGUUUCGAGGUCGCCGACAAAAUAAGGCUUCUUCGGGGGAAAGAGAAUGCGGCAGUUACGUCUGGGUGA